CGUCCAUUUAUAUUUCUUGCCUUGUCAUCGUUGAAAGCCUGCUCUGGAAGGUUUCCUCGUCUUUGCUGCUUGUCGCAUCCUGUGCUCCCCUAGACGAUGGCGAGCUUGCAUUUCUUAGGAUCCUAGUUUCUGCCUCCCGUUGCACGUUAAAUCAAGAGCCCUUACACCUGUCUCAAUUCCACCCUCGAGUGGUGUGUAUCAUGCCCGUUGCUCGCUCUUAAUGGCACCAAUACUCAUCAACCACGUCCUUUUGCAUAGCCGGAGCAACACUUUCGGCAGCUGGCGAGAUGUAGAUGAAGCAGAGGCUUACAUUGUGGAGUCAUGGGGGGAGGGGUUCAUGUUCGGUGCCCUUCUCAUCAUGGCUUGCAUAACAGUCGCGAACAUGAGGAAGGGAGUGUUCUUACACAAGCUAAUUCUCCUCGAACUGCUGCUUGCAAUGAGCCACGGUACCUUUUGCUUCAUGUCGUUCAAGGGUUAUGGCUGGUAUCUUAGCUCAACAGCGGCUCUCCUGUAUUGUUCUUACUUCACCCACAACGUCGUCGCCUGGAUGAAGAUAAGGCCAUUCUUUGUCGGCUCCCAAGCUUCCUUCAAACCCGUGAUAUGUAAAUGGGUUCGCAUCGUUUACCUAACCACACUCGCCAUGACUGCACCAGUCAUGAUAUUUGAAAUCAUAAACAACUUCAGGUUCUUCAACAACAUAUCCAGGCUUUAUGAGAAGUCACGGCCGUAUGAGCCUCUAUACCGGGACCCAUGGUGGGUCUUCUCCGUUUUCACACUCUUCCAUAUCAUCAGGAAGUGCUACAGCAUGAACGUUGUCAAGCUUGUUCGUAGGUCACCACGAUUCGGCAUCUUACUUGCUGCCAUUUUCCUGGCUAUAUCCUUCACCGUAGUCGACAUCAUUUCAAGCAUUGUUCCUGGUCUGUCCGUCACUGAUGGAAUUAAUCCGUACUGGAAACUGGCCUUGGUGUUCAAGUGCUUGACGGACAACAUCAUGCUUGAUGAUUUCAAGAGUGUGCUGCAACGACUUGGGGCCGUCAAAUUAGACGGCACGAAUGCGAUGCAGACCAACUCACUAAAUCUAAGCGCAAACGAAAAGCUCACGAUCGGAGGCGAUGAAGAUGAGACACGGCAUCUUGAACAUGGUCCCUUCCAUAUGCAGCUUAGUCCACGUAACUUGCGAAUGAGUCUUUCCGGACGAGUCUUGGACGACGGGGAGACAUUAGACGGUGAUGGCCGAUCGAGGAGACGGCAGUCGCUGGCAAAUUCCGGGGUUGGCAGAUUCGGCGUCAAAAUGUCGAGGCUUCCAAGCCUAUCGUUUAUCAAGAGCAAGGCAGAGAGAGAGGCGGAGCGCAACAUGAAGCUCAACAAAAUAGUCUCGAAGUCCUUGGUGGACGAAUCUCCAGAACCCACGGAGAGCCGCGGAACGGCAGAGUGCAGCGAACCAUGGGAGGCCCUUGAUUUCGUUACUGCUUUGACGGAUCCAAGUAUGCGAGAUGCCUCGCGACAUAGAAGAUAAAGCAAUCGGCCUCAAAUCUCAAUCGAGAAAGUCGCGGGAUAUAUUCUUGCAAGCCAACAGGGACCGCACGCGCGGUUGAUCCAAGUCAAGUCACGUGGAGCGGACUGUGGCUCAAAAUCCAGAGUUUCCAGUUUCAGCAGCCACUUGAAAAUAGCCAUCACAUUUUUGUACUACCAAUUACAGGUAGACACGCAUGGCGUAAUGUACGAUGGCCCAGAUUCGCGGUUUUAUGUUCUGUAUUCGGACUGAGGGAGUUCUGGAGGGAUGCAAACUUGGGUGAGGUUGUGGGCAUGACUUUCUCCCACACAUCAAAGGGUAUCAGGCAAUAUCCUAAACGCAUAGCUUUGAACGGCGCAGGGCCAAAUGAGUUAUGUACUAAGGUUGGACUUUAUGGCUUGAGAUACCCGCAGAUGAUCUGUAUGUUCUAAUCUGAUAUCUUUUUGAAUGAGCUUCACAUCGAAAUCCGC